AUGGAGAUGACGAGAAAAGGUUCGAGCGCUUUUUUAUUCCUAGCUUUGACUGUGAUGGUAUCAAUAAGAGGUGAGGAACAAGAUGGAAUUAGCACUACUCUAGCUCAAACCAGUGUGACUUCACAAACUUCAGCUAAGCUUCCACAAGGAAGUGGUCAAGAGGCAUACAGAAUGAACAAAACUUACAACGAUGUUGUCGUCAAGUACAAUGAAAAGCGAAAUUAUGGAGGUGGUGGUGGAGGAGGAGGUGGAGGAGGGGGAGCUACUGUUGGUGGUGGUGGGGGUGCGGGUGCCAUGGGAGGAGGUGGUGGCUGGGGAUGGGGCGGGGGCGGGGGAGGUUGGUGGGGGUGGGGAUGUAGGAGAUCACAAAAAAAGUACAACGGGCGAGAGCACCAAGGCCAUGCACACAGGAAGAAUGUGCCUGCGAACCAAUACUAUAAGAUAGGGGAAUUUGCGCAAUGCACGACGGAGGGAAGGUGUCAAGGCAUGAGACUGGAUUGUCCUCUUCAUUGUGGCGGACCUUGUUUCUAUGACUGCAAAAAUAUGUGCAAGGCUCAUUGUAGACGCUAGAUUAUUCUCGGUUCUAAUUUUCUCCACAUUUGCUUUUUUGAGAUGAGUUUGAAACGAGGGCUGUUUUAAGUUGUGUCUAUACGAGUUUUAGUCCGCAAUGUGCUCUUAGCAAACCAAAUGAGGUUGCAGUUAUCAUCUACUAUAGUUGCUUGGUGUAAUGGUUGUGCUCCUUGACUUUGCAUUGGUUGUUCUUGAUUGUAUUGUAUCCGUAUUCUUGCCUUGUAUUGUCUGCCAACAAACAUACUUGCACACUUUUAGAGAAAAUGAAAGAAAUAUACUUCUAUAAACUAGGGAUUUGAUGCACUACUAUUGGCUUUACAACUUACUUUGUGAUGCACUACUUCACAAAAUGCUUUGCAUGCAUGGUGGCAAAUGUGUCGUAUUACUGCUAUGAAUUGUUUCAGAUUUGUCAAUCUGCAUGGUGGCAAAUGUGUCAUCUACACUUGUGGUGGCUUAAUUAAUUAAUGUUUGGUUAAUUCCUUUACAUAUCAGUGCUGCCUCUUGCCAUGGUUCUCCAUUUUAGGAACGUCCAAUCUGCAGUAUCCUUGUGUAUGGAUGAAGCUCAAAUCAUUGGGAAGCACGAUAAAGAGACCACAAAUUCAAAAGAGGACCAAGCAUUUUGGGGCGGCUUUAAAGCCUGCAAGAUAUUCUUUUCAGAGGGAAGCAGAAUACUACCCGUAAGCAGUGAUCAUUGAGAGAGAAAAAGAGAGAUGCUGGCAAAUGAAUGCAUUCUAAGAACAUCUGCACUUUAUUUUGGAAGCUUAUCAUGAUUGAUGCGGGCAGGAGAGGAUUCAUUGGCUUUUGGGGUCGAUGUUCAAUACUUUUAUACCUCACGACCUCACUUCAUGAGUGAGGCAGAAGCAUUGUGUUGGCCACAGAAACAGAGUGUUGCACAGGAUGAGGCGCAUGGUUCGAUCCAAAUCAAAAGAAGUCGGACUUCUUGGGACCAUUGUCAUGUACACCUCCUAGCCAC